GCAACAGUUUCACCGCUGUCAUCUCAGGAGGUCCUGUGCUCCAGGGAGCUUUUAAAGACACCUCCCACCCAAAAAAAAAAGAAGGGGGAGAGGCAGCAAGGGCAGGAGCAAGGGCACGUGUGUAAGCGUCUCCCGGUGGUUUUGCUGUGAAUGUCUUCUCAGCGUCCCCAUGAAAACAGGCAGGAAUCGAGGCAUAGUCUUGGGCACAAGAUGGCAAGACGAGCAGGGGGCGAAGGCUCCCCGAAAAAGAAUACAUCCCUUAACUUGGUGACCGGGUUCUUCCACUACCUCCGGGAUGAGCAGGAGGCAGUGCAGAAGAGGACAUUCACAAAAUGGAUCAAUUCCCACUUGGCAAAGCGUGUCCCUCCUCUGGUGGUGACAGACCUGUUUGAGGACAUUAAGGAUGGUGUGAUGCUGCUGGCCCUGCUGGAAGUCCUCUCUGGACAGAAACUGCAAUGUGAGCAGGGCAAGAAGCUUAAAAGGAUCCACUGGGUCGCCAAUAUCGGUACCGCUCUCACCUUCCUUGAGGGUAGAAAGUCCGCCUACAGAGGAUCUCCGAUCAAGCUUGUGAACAUCAACUCCACAGACAUUGUUGAUGGACGGCCGUCAAUUGUGUUGGGGUUGAUGUGGACGAUCAUCCUCUAUUUCCAGAUUGAAGAGCUUACCAGUAGCCUACCAGCACUUCAGGCUUUGUCCAGUAGCACUUCUUCACUGGACAGCUCCACCAGCAGCACUGAGACCACCAGCCCCCCUGUCAAGAGAAAACCCCUCCCACCUCCUCAGGGCGGAGCCAGAAAGGCCCUGCUGAGAUGGGUCCAGCACACAGCCACCAAACGUGUAGGGAUCGAGGUGAAGGACUUUGGCCCCAGCUGGCGCACAGGGUUGGCGUUCUAUGCCGUCAUCCAGUCCCUUCGGCCAAAUCUAGUUGACAUGGAGCGUGUAUGGAGGAGGCCCAACCGAGAAAACCUGCAGGAAGCUUUCUUAUUGGCUGAGAAAGAGCUGGGCAUUCCACAGCUUCUUGACCCAGAGGAUGUUGAUGUAGACAAACCAGAUGAGAAAUCCAUUAUGACAUACGUAGCCCAGUUCCUGAAGCAUCAUCCUGAGCAAAAGCAGAGCGACUCAGACGGGCGCCAAGAAGAAGAGAGAGAGCAGCGAAAGAGCCUGAGGGAGCUCAAAAUGUGGCUCGACCAGCUGGAGAGAGACGCAAUACAGUCCCAGGAGACGGAGGGCAAUCUCGCUCAACAGUACCAGUUGUUCAAAAGUCUUCAUGUCCAGUUAGAGAUGAGGCAUAAACAGGUGGAGGGAGCAUUGCAGUCCGCUCAGAAGGAUGGGAUGCUGACAGUGGAUCAGGCUCUGGUCAAACAGGCCUGGGAAAGGGUCUCUAAAAGGCUCCUGGACUGGCAUCUGCUUCUGGACAGGUCCCUGCCGACUCCUCUGGAUGUGGUUGGGGCGUGGCUGCAUGAAGCCGAAGGAGCCCUGCGACAAGAGAUUGUCGUGCAGCAGGCCCACGAUGUGACGGCCAGCACUGUACACAGAGCUCUGGAGCAGCACAAGGAUGUGUUGAAGAGCUUAGACAGUCACCUGCAGGUUUUUCAGAGGAUCCAUAAAGACAGAAGUGUUGAUGGAGUUCCUGUUCCCCUGGACCAGCUCCAAGACAUGGCUGAGAGGAUGAACUUUGUCUCAACAUCUUCUAGCAUACAUUUGGCAAGAAUGGAAUACUUGGAAAACCAACACCACAUGCAAGCCUUCCUCACCCUGACCGAAUCUAAGCUCAAAUCCUGGAUCAUAAAAUAUGGCCGACAAGAGUCUGUGGAAGUGAUGCUCCACAACUAUGUAUCAUUCGUGGAGAAGCAACAUUUCUUUGAAAAGUACGAUGCAUUGUUCCAGUCCCUGAAACAGUCUGCCGAGGCUUAUGUCAAUGCUGACAGCUCAGUGGAUGAGGGCGAGAUGGGAGUACGCAGGUUCAUGCGGGAGGUGGUGACCCAGUGGAGGAGUCUGUCUAUGGAGGUGCGCAGUGUGAGGAGCAUGCUGGAGGAGGUGCUCUCUAACUGGGAGAGGUACAGCUCCAUCGUGGCCUCCUUACAAGCUUGGCUGGAGGAUGCUGAAGAAACCCUGGGCCAGCCAGAAAAUACUAAGCGGGAGUUUUUCAGGAAUCUCAGCCACUGGAUGGAUCAGCAUGCAGCCAUGAACGACGCAGGGAAUUUUCUGAUUGAGACGUGCGAUGAGACCAUGUCACUUGAGCUCAAGCAGCAGCUUCUUUUGUUGAACGGACGAUGGAGAGACCUCUUUCUCAAAGUCAAACAAUAUGCCCGUGCAGAUGAGCUGGAGAAGUGGAGAAAAGACCAUUUGAAGGCUGUGACGGCGCUGAAAGAGCUACUGGACACGGCAGAGGCCAAACUUAAUGCUCCUGUUCAGGUGUCUUUCCUCAGCGUUAGAGGCUUUCUGCAGGAUGUGGAGAAUACCAGGCAAAAGGUUGUUUCCAUGGAGACACAAUACAAGUUGGCUGGCCGCAGUGCUCAGCUCCUUGCCAAAGAUGCGCCACAGGACGAGGCUGCCAGGGUCAUGGCAACUAUGGCAACAGCCAAGAGUCAGCUGAGCAAGGUGAGAGAGCGGUGUCCCCCCCUUGUGAGGGAGUGUCAUGUCUUUCUGCCGCUAUUGGAGGAGAUGGAGAAACACGUCACUACUUUCUACCAAGCCCUGGAGCGGGCCAGUCGCAUCACUGCUGCAGCCAGAGACCAAGACCCACAGAGCCAGGCCCAGCAAAAACAAAAGUGGCAGGAUUUGUUCAACCAGCAGCAAACCUGUAAACGUUGUCUGUCAGUGAUUGAGAGGAAUUACAACACCCUGCAGAGGUUGCUGUCCAACAGCAAGGUGCUCCGAAACUUCGACCUGUCCCAGCUGCAGAAGAGGGUGGCUGAAAUACAGGCGUCAGCACAGGCUUUGCUGAAGGAGGUUGGGGAAUGGAGAAGGCAGGAAGAGGCGAACAACUGCCUGAGGAGGAGGUUUGAAGAAUCAAGACAAGAGCUGGAGAGAGUACUGAAGAAAGCUCAGGGCUGCUUAAAAGAAACCGGAGACGCUGAAGAAUUACUGAAGAAACACACUGAUUUUUUGGGCCAACUCGACCAGCGUGUGCUGAGUGUUUUCUUGAAGGCAUGCGACGAGCUGACUGACAUCCUUCCCCAGGAGGAGCAGGAGGGGCUGCAAGAAACUGUCCGCAGGCUGCAUAAACACUGGAAGGACAUCCAGGCUGAGGUACCGUCUCACCUGCUCCGUCUGAAGGUGGAGGUGGAGCGAAGUCGAGUCUGUGUGAUCAUACAAGACUGCAGAGUGGAGUUGGACAGAGAAGUGCACGCCCUGUCUGGUACCUGCACCAGCGAGAGAGUGAUCAAAGAGCACAGAACUUUUUUUAGGGAACGCAAACCUCUGACUUCUUGUGAGAAGAGGAUUAGAAUCAUGGAGGAUCUGUGUCAGAAGUUACCUGACAACGACCCGGCUUAUCGCGCGUUAGACUCCACCAGAAACGUUGUAGAAGAGGUUAUGGAGCAAAUCAAGAGCACCCACCUCAAGCUGGAGCAGCACCCUGAUAAAUGGAAAGACUGGAACGAGAGGUUCUGUGAGCUUUCUGAUUGGGUCUCUUCUCAAAAGAGGCAGGUGAGACUCUUAAAAGAGACUUCAAGAAAUUCCAGCCACAAAGAGCAAGUUGAUGCUGCUGUCCAGGCUCUGCAGGAAGCAAUAGAUGCCCGAGAGGAGAGCCUGUUGUGGCUUAAGAGCCGUCUUGCUGGGCUGUCUGAGGUUAGCUCUGAUCUGGAGGUCCAGAGACAGAGAACUGCUCUGGCCAAACUCUCCACUGACCUGCGGGCUCUCUUUUCUUCACUUUGUCAGUGGGGUGAGGAGGGUUCUGCUAUGUUCCAGUACGAGGAGCUGAGGGAGGAGGUGCACGGUGCACUGGAGGAGGUUCUGAGAGCACGCAGGGAGGCUGAGGAGCAGACCAGCAGGAUACUGGAGGCAGAGGGGCUGGAGGAGGCAAAACAACUUUACCUUUUUCACCAGCAACACUUAAAGCGCCUGCACGCUAACAGGAGAGAGGCGGAGCUCCUGGUGUCUCACUGCCGACAGCUGCAGAAGGGGGAGACGCUCAGUGAGUCUCUCCGGGAGCUGGAGGGAGCUUUCAGAGAGGUGGACCGUAAAUCAGAGGCAAAGGAGCACAACCUGCAGGAAACUCUGAGCUCCUGGCAGAAUUUUGAAGCCGACAGAGAAACCGUUUGGAGGUUUGUCAGUAACACAAACGAAGAGCUGCACAAAGAACUUAUUUUCAACAACGUGGACAGCCUGAGGACGGAACUGGAGCAUAACAAGGAGCUCCUAACAGAGAGUGAGGAGUUUUCCAUACAAGCAGAUCUCCUCCUGGAAAAGGCAGCAGAUGUUCAGCUCGGCCCGAAGAAUCAGACUCUUCUUCUGCAGCAGGCCCAGUCCAGCAAGGAAGCUGUCGCACAACUUCAAGACCACCUCAACAAGAAUGUUGUCCAGCUGGAGAUGGUGUGUAUGCGGUGGGAGCGCUUCAGCAGAGAGUCUGAGGCUGUCUCUCUGUGGAUGAACAAGACAGAGGAGGAGUUAGACGCUGUUAGCACCUCCUCCUCCACAGAUCGCCUGGACAAACAAAUCAGCAAAGUGGAGGCUGUGGGGGAGGUUUUAGACGAGAGACGGGUCGCGCUGGCUCACAUGGAGGCGGACUGCGAGGCCCUCUCGAUCUUUGUGACCCCCGGGGAAGCUGGACGUAUUCGGACACAACUCGCACAGAUGAGGCGUAACUGGGAAGAGAUGAAGUGGAGGGUAGAGCAGCUCGGAGGCCAGCUCAACCAGAGCGCCACAUACAGGCAGAGAUAUAACGAUAACCUUGAACAGGUCAAGAAAACAAUGAGUGAUCUUAAAGAGAGGCUGGACUGUCCCGUCACAUACUGCACAUCAUCAUGUGAGACAUACAAAAUCCUCCAGGACCAUAUGGAGGUCUGCCAGGCUGUCGAGCAGCUGAACCCCAGGCUGAUGGCUUUGUGUUCAGCCGUGAAGAGGCUCGGUGAGGGCAGCCAGCUGGAGGAAGAGGUGGCUAACCACCAGCAACAACAGGCAGAGUUUAUGGCAAAAGGCGCAGAGAAGCAAUCCACAUUAGAGAGCCUUCUAGCACUUUGGCAAAGAUUUGAAAAGGAGCUUUCGUCCAUGAAAAGUUGGUUGGGAAGAUGUGAGUCUGUUUGCUGUCCGGACUCUGAGCUGCUCUCUGCAGACAAAGAGAAACUUAGGAAUGAACUACGAAAUGUGCAGGAAAUGCAGAGGGAGACGCCAUCGUAUGAAGCUCUCCUCCACGGCCUUUUGAAUCUUGGGCUGUGUCUGUAUCCCACAGCGCCUGAAGAUCGUACACAAGAGCUCAGUGAUGACCUCACGCAAAUACAACAGAGAUGCACUGCUUUGAAGAGCAGUAUAUCACACAGACUUGAGCUGUUGGAGCCUCAGUUGGAGCAGCUGGAGCAGUUUGAUCAGGCUCUGCUGACUCUGACCCAACGGAGUGAAAACUUCCUGUCUGGCUUGAGAAGCUCUUCCCAGGUUGAUAUUGCUGAUCUUGAGGCUGCAAUUACAAAGCUGAAGGAGAACGAGGUGCAACUACAGGCCUAUGCAUCGAUGAGAGAGGCUCUGCAGCAAAGAGAGUCGUCCCUGAUUCGCUGUUCCACACCAGAGGCCCAACAGGAGCUGCAGGGCUGGAGAGAGGACUGCCUGCAACCCCUCAAUGAAUCCCAGCGUCUACUUCUCCUCCGCAAAGAGUGCCUGACUGAGUUAAAGACUUUCCUUGAGAAGCAUGGAGCAGCAGCUGAGGCUGUGCGUAGACUUCAAGAGGCAGUGGAAGGAAGGGGAAGCUGGGACGGCUCCAAAGUUGAAGAGCUGCAUCGCGGAAUAGGGGAAGUGGCUACAGAUGUGGCCCGACUUGAGGCUGAGGCAGUUGGCUUGGAUGGUCAGUUCGCCAAAGCACAGUUUUACCUGUGUGGGGUAGAGUGGCAGAGGUCCAAAGAUGUGAGCCCCCCCCAUGGAAGAACGUCAUGCAGGGUGCAGGCAGUGUCUCUCAGUAUGGCCCUGGAGGAGGUUCAGAGAGGCGUGGGGUGGAGGCAGAGUGAGGCAGACGCUUUAGGGGCACUGUGGAGCUCCUUCAGGGAGAGGAGGGAGGAGGUGAUGAAGAAUUUGAAAAAACUGGAGGAUGAAGCGAGGCAAGAGGCGGCCAGAGAGAGUUCAGUACAGGCCUUUCAAAACAGGCUGCGUUUCUUUAUUCAGCUAGAGGAUGAGCUCCAGUCCCUGCAGCACUCCCAGCGGUGGUUAGAGGAGAAGGGAGGCCAGCUGGCCCAGAGAGACAGCGAGCUGGCAGGGGAGGCUCUCAGGGAGGUAGCAAUUGUGAAGACAGCCUGGGAGAACGUCAGGACUCUGAUCACCAACGGUCAGGAACAAAGUGGAGUUCUGGUAGAUCUUCUCCGCCACUUCCACCACCUGAAGUCAAUCCUCACCACCGUUGUUGAGACUGCUCAGGCUGUUGCACACAAUCUCCCCGACCACAACCAUGAUGCCCAGGAAGCCAAGAGGACUUUCAUACGACAUGAAACAGUGCAGUCUGAACUGAUAGAAAAACAGGAAGACAUGGACCAGCUCAUCAGCACAGUGGAGGACCUGCAAAGAGAGCUGGAGAAGGUUCCCCACUCGGAUACGAGCUUCAUCCAGAGAGACACAGAGACAUUAAGAGACCAGUGGCUGGAGGUCUCAGAGAGGAUACAGACAAACACAGAGAGGCUGGGAUACUGCGUAAGCCUUUGGGACGACCUCAGGUCCAUGGAGCAGGACAUCAACCAAUGGAGCGCCAACUCCAUCGCUGAUCUCACCGACAGUGUCACCAAUCUCAGCGAUAAAGAAAACGCAGAGGCCCAUCUUGACACCUUUCAGGCUGAGGUCGAGAAGAGAGAGCAGACGCUCGAUGCCCUGCAGGAGAGAGUGACGGAGCUGAAGGAGCGAGCAAAGCUGCAGGAAACCCCGUUACAAAUGCAGGUCCUAGAAUCAGACCUCAAAAAGAAAAUGGCCCAUGCGCAGGAAGUGUACAACCAGGCCAAACACACUCUGACCUACUUCAGUUUCCAGAAGCAGCGACUGGAGGACCUCAUGUCCCAGAUGGCCGAGCGGCUGAAGGCAGUUGAGGGCUCCUUAUCAGACCUCACUGAGGCUACUUCUCCUGAAGACAUUGGCACUGUUAAGGACCUGCAGGGUGUUGUGCAGCAACAGAGGGCAGACAUGGACUCGGCUCGAGAUGCCUUGAGUGCUCUGUGCAGGUCUCAUCCCUCUCAGGAGUUGUCAUGCCUCAGCUCUGAGCUCACCACCAUUGCAAAGCGAACAGAGGCUGUUGCGCAGCGCUGUGCCAAGACAAGGGGUAACCUGCAGGAUGGGUUACAGCUCCACUUCAACGAGCUCGUCCAAGACUUCCACUCCUGGCUUGCAGAUCAGAAGUUGGAGCUUAAAGAUUGUUCUAAUCAAUCUGGAGAUGUUUCCAUCCUUGGGGCUAAGUUUCACAGGCUAAAGGUGUCAGUCGAGCAGAUGUCCGAGGGUGAUGAGCGUCUGUCUCGGGUUUGUGAGGAAGCUGAGAGGCUUCUGGUCCACCUGUCUAAAGCUGGAGCGGCACAGGUCCAAGAGCAUCUUUCGUCCUGUAAGAGAGAGUGGAAGAACUACAUGGACAGUUGCUCUCAGAACCAACAAGACUUGCAUGAGAGCAUCGAACUUCUGAGAAAUUUUAAUGGCUCCGCUGAUGGUAUUAGAAACUGGCUGAAGCAGAUGGAUGUCAGCCUCAAGAGCGAGCCUGUUUUAGGGGCAGAGAGCCAGCAGGGAGUCAUGGACAUCACAGAAGAGCUGGAGAGGAUGGAAAACCUCCAUAAGGAACUGCUUGAAAGAAGGGACUCCAUUGAGCAUCUCUGCCAGGAGGCCCAGUCUCUAUCUGAAGCAGGCCGGGGGUCAGGAGGAGAGGUCAGAGUGACAGGCCAGCUCCAGAUGGAGCACCAGGCUCUGCUGAAGGCCGCCAGGGAGAGACUGCGAGGCUGCCAAGAGAGCCAGGCCUUUGGAGAGACCCUCCAAGGGGUCUGGGCCUGGCUGGAGGAGAUCCAAGAGAGGCUGGGUACAGUAGACAGCACCAUGGGAACCAAAGAGCAGCUAGAGCAGAGGCUGGAGACUGUGCAGGACAUCCUGCUUUUGAAGGGGGAGGGGGAGGUCAAGCUGAAUAUGGCGAUGGGUAAGGGUGAGUUGGCCCUGCGAAGCUAUGGCGCCACUGGACAGGAGGUGGUGCGCUCUCAGCUGCAGGAAGUGGAGGAUGCUUGGGCAACGCUGCUUGUGACUGCCAUGAGCUGCCACAGUCGCUUGGAGUGGACUGUGUCUCAGUGGGGUGGAUACCUUGAGAGUGCUGCGCAGCUGCAGUGUUGGAUGGAGGUUGUGGAGCGGGAGGUGUGCGCCCCUCUCACCCCUCAGCCAGGGCCCAGAGAAAAGGCCUCCCAGCUAGAGAGACUCAGAACCCUGCUAGCUGACUUGGAGGACCACCAGGUGGCACUGUCCAGUCUAGAAGAAAAAGCUAGAGAACUGUUCAAAAAGACAGGUGACGCUGGCUUUAACCAUGGUGCCCGUACCCAGCUGCAGGCACAGUUUGAUGACCUCACAACCUUGGUAGAGGAGAGAGUACGUCUUGCACAGGCUGUGGUGUUGGAGCAUCAAAAUUACCUGGAGGCUGUCAGGGAACUCACUGAUUGGCUGAUGACUGCCGGAGAAGAGCUACAGCACUGGUCUGAUUCAUCGGGAGACUCUGCCUCGAUUAAAAAGAAACUGUCAGAAGUGAGGGAGCGUGUUGAGAGUCGACUGCUGGAGGGCCGAGAGCGCUUGACUCGUGUGCGUCGGAGUGCCGCGUCCACGGCAGAGCACACGGCAGCGGGUGGCUGCGAAGCCAUGGACCGUCAGUUGGGGGCGCUGUCGCAGGCUCUGGAGCAGUGGGAGGGGGCCGCCCUGAGGGCCAGGGAUGGUCUGGAAGGGGCCCUAGCUUCUGCUGCUGCAUCAGAGGAGGAGUAUGACCGCCUCACUGCCCGUCUUGAGGAAGAGUUGAAAGAGCUUGAUGGACGGCUGAAGGGGUGGAGCCAGGAGCUGAUUAAAGCUGAGGGGCGGAGCAACGGUGAGGAAGCAGUGGAUGGAUGGCAGCUGGCAAAGGACAUACUGGAAGGCUUGCAGAGUGCCGAUCCAAUGGCAGAGAAGUUGAAAGGCCAACUGAACGACCUGGUGCGAUACUCCAGAGACCUGGGCUCGCAAUCCGACCGGGUCACAGCGCUCAUCAAACAGCACAACAGUCUCAGUCUGCGUGCAUCCAGGGAGUGUCAAAAUAAGGAGCGCUUGUUGGAGCAGAGGUUUCGUGCCGCCCUAAGAGACUUCCAACAGUGGUUGGUCAACGCCAAAAUCAGCACGGCCAAAUGCUUUGAUGUGCCACAAAAUGUCGCCGAGGCCUCAACUGCUCUGCAGAGGAUCCAGGAGUUCUUGAGUGACAGGGAGCAUGGCCAGGCCAGGCUGAGUACAGUAGGUGCCAGUGGGGAGCUGCUGAUGGCUGUGGUGUCCAAAGACAGAGUUGAGGGAAUCAAGGCCAAGGUGGCAAACGCCAGAGAGGACUGGAAGAGCCUGAUGAAUAACCUGCAGAUGAAGGAGGAUGCGCUCAAGAAUCUGCAGUCCCAGAUGAAGGAGUUCGAGGCGAGUGCUGAGCCUCUGCAGGACUGGCUGAACAGCACAGAGGUCAGAGUUCAGGAGAGCAGUGCUCGACUACAUGACCUACCAGCCAAGAAACAGGAGCUCAGCAAACUGCAGUCUGUGCUGGAGGAGAUGGCCAGUCGGGAGGCAGAGCUGGGCAGGCUCAGAGAACGAGCUCAUCGUCUCUGGGAGGGACAAGCAGCAGGCAAGGGUUUUGUCCAUCGUGUCUCCCAGCUGUCCGCUCAGUAUCUAGCUCUCAGCAACUUAACAAAGGACAAGGCCUCCAGGAUUGAACGUAUUGUAGGGGAGCACCGCCUCUUCUCUCAAGGCCUCAAAGAGCUCCAGGAUUGGGUUUGUGAAGCUCAGAGGGUUCUCAGCACCUGCAUCUCCACCACGACAGAAAAGGGCGUGUUAGAGGACCGGAUGUUACAUCUGGAGGCCCUACUGGCUGCCCGUCAGGAGAGGGAGAUCCAGCUAAAGAUGCUCCUGACGAGAGGAGAAGCAGUCCAAAGGAACACGUCGGCCGAGGGAGUCCCAGUGAUCCGCAAACAGAUCCAGGACCUCAAAGACUCAUGGGACUGCCUGCUUUCUGCCUCCAUUCAGUGUAAAAGUCAGUUAGAAGGCGCUUUGUCACAAUGGACCAGCUAUCAGGAGGACGUGGGCCAGUUCGUUCUGUGGAUGGAUCGAGUGGAAGAGACGCUCAGCUGCUCAGACAGACAGUACUCUGAGAUGAGAGACAAGACCGCUAACCUGGGAAAGACAAAGCUUCUCUAUGAAGAAGUUCUGAGUCACAGCAGUCCUCUGGAGACCAUCGCCACAAAGGGGUCCAAUAUGUCUGAGCACUCCACCACCCAGCAGGAGGUGCAGCAGCUGCAGUGUAGAUACAACGCCCUCAAAGAAAAGGCCAAGAACGCAGUCGGUAAGGCCAAAGGUCUGGUGCUGGUCCACCAGGAAUAUCAGAGGGGGUUACAUGUGUUUGAGGACUGGCUGGAGCAAGAACAGGCUAGUCUGGCCUCAUUGUCCCACCUAGAGGGAAACGUGGAUACACUAGAGAAGACGCUGGAACAACUACAGCUUCUGCAGGAACGCUGCUCAAACGGUCAGUCUUUACUCUCCUCUGUGCUGAGCAGCAGAGAGAGAGUUAUCCCCUGGGGUAUACCUCAAAUCGAGGACCGAGCGCUGGAUGCAGCUCAGCGAGAGUGGGGGGCCUACCAGGGCCGCUUGGAGGAGACUCAGACCCAGCUGAGCUCCACACUGACCAGACUGAAGCAGAUGGGCCAGAAAUUCCUGAGCCUUGCCCAGUGGCUGGAGGAGAUGGAGAAGGUGGCAAACAUCAGACACCAUCGGAGGUCAGACAGAGCCACGAAAGGGACUCAGCUGAAGAAACUCCAGGGAUGUCUUGAGACAGUGCUCGCACGGCAGGGAGAAGUCGAUGGCCUCUCCUCUCUGGCCCAGCAGGUUCUGGAGGAGACCUACAUCAGUAGCCGUGUUAGCGUUACUGCCACACAGCUCACAGCCCGCUACCAUUCCCUGCUGCUCAACAUACAGGACACCAUCAAGCAGCUACAGGAGGAGCGAAAGAGCAUUGAGGAGGCUGAGCACCUUUGUUUCUCUUUCACUGACUGGCUCAGCUCCACUCACAAAAACUUCACAGCAUUAACCGACAGCACGGAACCUCUUGACCGGGUCGCCAUGGAGAGGAAGAUGAAAAAACUAGAGGCUCUCCAGUCUGAGCUCCAACAUGGUCACAGUUUCCUGAAAUCCCUGAGAGAGCGAGCAGAGCAGGCGGCAGGCUUCCUGAACGAAGCGGGAGCUGAGAGUUUAGGCGGGGAGGUAGAGGCUCGCCUCGGCCAGCUAGAGGAGCUCGCAGGUGGUCUGAGGCAUGAGCACAGCUUUCUGCAGCGGGCUUUACUGCUGGCUAAGGAGUUCCACGACCGGUAUAAGGCUCAGGCCCAGUGGCUGGUGGAGACCAGGGCUUUGCUCAGCAACCCAGUGGAGCCCAAGGCUGAACUGUACCAACGGAGAGCACUGCUGGCUAAAUACAAGGCUUUGAUGCAGAUGGUUCAGUCCCAUGAUGGAUCCAUCAGGUCAGUGGUGGAGAAAGGAGAGGCUCUGCUCACCUCUGUCCACUACCCGUCCAUCCGAGACAAAGUGACAAGAUUAAAAAGAGACUACGCUGAACUCUGUAAUACUGCCAUGGCCCAUGUGGAGAACCUGGAUGGACAGGUGAAGGAACAGGAAGCUUACCACAACGAGCUCCAGGAUGUGGAGCGCUGGCUACUCCAGAUGUCCAGCAGGAUGGUGACUCCUGAUCCAUCUGUGGGAGGCAGUUUGGAGGCAGCAACACAACAGCUGGCCAGACACAAGGCCAUCAUGGAGGAAAUAGCAGGCUUUGAGGAUCGCUUGAUAGGUCUGAAGGAGCGAGGAGCCCACCUGGUACAAGGCUGCAGUGACCGUGUGCAGAGCAGGCUGAGACAGCAGGUCCAGGCUCACCAGCAAGGCACUAGAGACAGCUACUCUGCCAUCUGUAGCACGGCACAGAGAGUUUAUCAAAGUCUGGAUCAUGAACUACAGAGACAUGUGAGUCUCCAAGACACUCUGCAGCAGUGCCAGACCUGGUUGAUCUCUGUCUCAGAGGAGCCUGAGCCACCUUCUCAUCCUCCUCUCAGCCUGGAGGAGGCGCUACAACAGGUAAAGCAAGAGCGUGCUCUCCAGGAACAGGCCAGCACUUACCUCCAGCUUGUGUGCUCAGCAUGUGACCUGUCUGAGGCGAGGGUCAGGGAGACUGCAGCAGAUAUUCAGCAGGUCAAACUGCAGAUUGAGGAGCGUAUGAUUCUUUGUGAGGAGGUAGCAGACAGCUGGAGGGAUAUAGAGGAACAGAAGGCUGAUCUGGAGGCCCAGCUGAGAGAGACAGAGCAGCAACUUCAGAGCCUCAUCAGGAGACCUGCAGAGCUGGAGCCCAAGAUUGCACAGAACCAGCUCGACAAGGCACAGGAGUUCCUUCAGCAGAUUAAGGAGAGACAGUCUGAGGUUACACAUUUGAGUGACACCGUUGGUAGGCUGACAGAUGGACAGGUCUCUCCUGCUCUGGAGGAGAUAAGGAGACUGAGGAGAAGCUGGAUGGACUUGGGCCAGCGGGCAGAAGAGCUGGAGACUCAGCGAGGGGAGGACAUGCAGAGGAGUGGGGAGUAUCAGGAGAUUGUUGUUGCUGUGGAGGAACUUUUCCACCAAGUAUCCAGAGAAUGGGACUACCUUGCCAGGGCUGACACAGAAAGCACCAGUGAGCAUCUAGAGGCUCUGAGGAAGCUUUCCAGUGACCUUGAAGAGCAGAGGGCAACUCUAGAAGACCUCAGAGACCAGAAACAUACUAUCUUGCCUCGACUGAGCCUUCUAGACAAGGAGCUGGUCAAACAGCAGGUGGGUCAUCUGGAGCAGCGUUGGGCCCAGCUUGAAUCCCUUAUACAACAGAAGAUCCAAGACUCAGCGCAGACACUUGAGGAUCUCACCCGUGUUGAAAGCCAACUGAGGGAUGCCCGGGAGUGGGUGGAGGAGCAGCGGCCCGCUCUGACCUCAGUGCUGAAAACCAGCCCGCCCCCCGAUCUGGCCCAGAGUUUCCUGUUUGACCAUCUGAGUGUGUGUGUAGAACUGGAGGCUCGUCAGCAGCUGCUCGGUCAGGCGGUGAGCGAGGCCCAGACUGUGGCCUCUAGACUGGGCCUGAGUGAGAAGAGACGCCUGCAAGAGCUUGUUGAGAAAGCUCAAGCUGAGGUGGAGGCUCUGGGGGCUCAGGUGGCCCAACGGAGGAAGUAUCUCAGUAAGGCCUUUACAGAGAGGACACAAUUCCUUCAAGGCUUGGGGAGAGCACUUUCUUGGGUGCAACAACAAGAGAGGAAAGCUUUGAUAGAUGACCACAUAGCCCUUCUCCCUGAAGACUUAUCCAAACAGGUCGCUGCUUGUUGGAGUGUCCAGAGUGGUUUACGGGCAUACCAGAGAGAGCUGGCAUCUCUCUGGGUGCAGGGCCGAGAGCUAGAGAGAGAUGCCACUGACAAAGAGAGAGCGGAAACCCUGUCAAGACUUGAGAAGCUACAGGCAGCAUUUGAAACCGCACUCCAAAUGACUACCCAGCGUCUCGCAGGCUUAGAGAAAGCCCUAACCUCAAGAAAGUACUUCCAGGUCGACCUGGAUAAGACUUGCCACUGGCUGAGACGAGCAGAUGCCAUCACCUUUCCCGAAAUCAAUUUAAGCAACAUAGACGAUGACUCUGAGUUGCAAACACAACUGUCGAACUUUCAGAAUGUCUUAGAACAAGCAUCAGAGUACGAGAACCUUCUUCUCAUCGUCCAAAGAAUAGGCCAGGAGAUCCUCCCCACUUUGAACGAGAUCGAUCAUUGCUACCUAGACGAGAGGCUCAAUGCUCUGCCUCAGCAGUACAACGCCAUCCUAGCUCUAGCCAAAGAGAAAAAAGACCGAGUCCAACAACUAAUCUUAGAGCGAAAAGAGUUCAGCACUUUCUUUGAUAUAACUCGUAAUGCACUGGAGGAGCUUCAGGAGCAGUUUGACAAUCUGGAGAAGCAGACUAUCAGUAUUAGAGAGGAUGAAUUUAUUCAACUAAUAAUGAAAUACAAAACUAUUAAUGAAAGUUUAUUCCAUAUCUGCCCCGCUGUGAGAGAACUUCAUGGUAAAAACGAAGGAUUUUUAAGUAGUGGGCAGCAAUAUAGAGCCGUGGAGACACAGCAGCUGGUUAGUGUCUAUAACACGCUGAAAAGGAGAAAUGAUCAGAAAAUGAAACACUUGGAUGAAUGCUUGAAAACUCUAGUUGAACUCAACAGAGUAUCCAACAGGGUUGAUUCAGAAUCAGAAUCUGUGAAAGAGAAGCUGGUCGGACUGAAGUCAGACACAAAAGCAGGUGCCAUUGAUAAAAUCACAAAUCUUUAUUUGCUGCUUGAAAGUCUGGACUGUGUGAGCUCUGAGGCUGAAGAAUGUAACGUACAAACUAAAGGCCUUGGUCUGAAGUUUGACCCUGCUGCCUUACAGGAAAGUACGCUGCGGCUCGAAUCAUUGCAGUCGUUGAGGACAGAAGUCAAAUGUUUUGUUGAGGAAAGUGAAACGAAAGUGAGAAAAAAUGAAGAAUUUUUCGGAGAGAUGGGGAAAAUGUUGGAAUGGCUGAGGACUAUCAAGGACAAAUCAGAGGCACCUUUGACCCUUGAAGAGGUCAAAACUGAGAGAGUGCGUGAGGAGAAGUGCAAGAUAAAGAUGGUGGAAGAGGAAAUGAAAAGUAGAUUGAGAAUAGGAGACGCCUUGGGAAGCAGAGAAAAGCAAAGGUAUUGUAGUAGAAAAGAAGCCGUUCCUGACCUCAUAGAAGAGAAGCUGAAGGAGCUGGCGGAGCUGAGCGCUGAAGUUCAACAAGGAAUCAGCAAAAAACUGCUGGCUGUGGAUCAAGCCCUUGCCUUGGUCCAGAGGUACCACUUAUCUCUGCAGUGCGUUCAGACAUGGAUGGACUCUGUUGCAGCUGUGCUCCAGAGGGCCAGCUCAGGGGUGGAGCUUGACAACCAGACAGAUUGUGUGCAAGACCUGGAUGAGAUUUCAGCCCAGGAAAAAAACUCCACAGCUGGUUUGGAGGAGCUGAGAACUUUGGAUCCUCUACUGGAGGAAUUUGUGCAAGCGGAAGCAAUGAGUGAACUUAGAGAAAAAGUUGAGGCAAUGCACCUGAGACAAAGAGAAGUUGAACAGCAACUGGAUGCUAACAGAGAAUUGCUUCAGAGUUGUGCAACUCUUUGGACCUCCGUCCAACAUGAAAAAGAAACACUGGUUGAACAGAUGAAUGACACAGAGAUCAAGAUGUCCAUGUUCACCACCGCUAAAGCUAUCAGUGUCCACCAGGCAGAGGAAAAGUGUCAAAGAUUCAAGUCUCUGGUGGCUCACAUCGACCUGCUGGAAUUGCCUCUGAAUGCUUUAAAGGAGAAUGCAACAGAGUUAGAGCAGAUCGUCUCUGAGUCCAGCAAAGCUGUCAUCAGCCACUCAGUGUCCUCUCUGUGGCAUAGGUGGACCCGGCUUCGCAGUGUGUCCCGGGCCCAGGAGAGGGCACUGGAGGACACUGUGAAGGAGUGGAGGAACUUCACUGAGCGGAUGGAGAAGGUUCGCUCAGUGUCCCAAGACCUCCACAGUCGCGUCCCUGACAGCACGGUUGAGAAGGCAGCCACCAGGGCGGCGCUUCAGAGCCUCCAGGAGUAUCACGACUCCUUCAUGCUGGAGGUGGAGCGGGAGCAGUCCAUCCUUGCUCUGCUGGGUCAACACACUCGCAGCCUCAGAGGAGAUGAGGAGGAGCAGAAGGAGAAGAAGACUGCAAAUGGACAUGAGGAGACACCUUGCUUACAAGAGAUCAGAAGCAUGCAGGAGCAGUAUGACUGCCUCCUGCUGCGAGUGCAGGCCAGCAGGGCCCAGGUACACCAGGAACUGAGGGAGAGAGAGGAGGUGGAAAAGGAGCUGGGCUUAGUCAAAGGUUGGAUCCAAGACACUCGUGGCCUACUUCUGAGUCCCACUGCAGACCUGGAAUCACUGCUGGAGGAGCUAGAGACGGCACAUGGUGAGGUCAUCAGCAGGCGCCAGAGUGUGGAGCGCAUGACAGAACUGCAGCAGACCAAGUACCAGGACCUCCAGGCUGGUCUGCCGUCAGAGCUCAGCAUGCAGCUGGCUGAGGUGGCUUUGGCUCUCGGCUCUGCUGAAGAUCAGGUCCAGGCGAGGGAAAGGGAGGUGCAGCAGACAAGAGAUGUGAAAGAGGACUUCAGCUCCAGACUCCAGGACAUCGAGGCGAAGCUGAAGACCAUUGCUCUGAAACUGGAAUACAAGAGUGCCGACCUCGAGGAGGCCAAAGAAGAGACCAAAAUUCUUUGUGAAGAGUGCGAAUGCUGUGUUCGCUCUUUGCUGGAGUUAGGAGUAGCAGUGCAGGAGUUUGGAGAGCAGAACCCCCUCCUCUGUAAGCAGCUGGGCGACGCUGUGGCAAAGCUGAUAGAGGUGCAGCGCCAAACCACACAGCAGGUCCAGGACAGAGCUAACAGGCUGAAGAAGGCAGAAAGACAGGCGGAGGAUUAUCAGGGUAUGAAGGUGUUCAUUUCGGGCUGGGCAGAAAAGGCAGAGACUCUGGUCAGCUGCAGCAUCAUCUGGGGCUCCGCCUCCCAGCUCCAAGAACAAAUUCGAGCACAUCAGGCUCUGCUGCGGGAGUGUCGGGGUCUCCAUGGUGAUUUGGAGGCCAUGGGGGAGAGGGAGGGGCAGCUGGGGGAGGUGUUGCAGACGGAGGGGUGGAUCCAGCAGGUGAAGCACCUCAGCAGACGCACAGAGGAGCUACAGCAAACUGCCAAGACUCGCCUCCAAAGUCUGCAGGAUGCUGCAAAGGAUAUGUUGCGUUUGGAGGCAGAGGUGAAGAACCUCCAUGCUGCUGUAGACCAGAUCCAGGUCACACUCGCCUCCCCAGACCUCAACAGACUUAGUCUCCGAGAGCAGCUCACACAAAGACAGCGUCUGUUGGUGGAAAUGGAGGGCUUCAAGCAGCAGGUAGCGGCAGUACAGCAGUGUCAGAGCGCCCUCCGGCUUCCAGAGGAGGUAGUGGCCGGCCUGCCUGUCUGCCGCACAGCUCAGACUCUGCAGCAGGAGGCCAGCCAACUGCAGCAUACCACCAUCCAGCAGUGCAAUAUCCUGCAGGAGGCCGUGGUGCAGUAUGAGCAGUAUGAACAGGAAGUAAAGAACCUUCAGAGAUUGAUAGAAGAGGCUCACCGCAUCAUUCAAGAUCGGCCCGUCUCCACCAGCAACAUACAGGAACUUCAGGCUCAAAUACACCACCAUGAGGAGCUGGCCCAGAAGAUCCGUGGCUACCAGGAGCAGAUCGCCUCCCUCCACUCCAAGUGUAAGAUGCUGACCGUGAAGGCCAAACACGCCACCAUGCUGCUGACAGUCAGCGAGGUGGAGGGCCUCUCGGACGGCAUGGACGAGCUGAGUGAUGAGGAGCUGCCCAGCGCCGUGGCUGCUAAUGACACCGCCUCCAACAAGCAGCUUCCAGCACACCCCUCUGUUGUCAUGAUGACAGCCGGCCGUUGCCACACGCUCCUCUCCCCCGUGACGGAGGAGUCAGGGGAAGAGGGCACGAACAGCGAAGUUUCCUCUCCCCCUGCCUGCCGCUCCCCCUCCCCAGGGGCUAACGCUGACACUCCUCUUAACCAGGGUCGAGGUUCGCUAAGCCGAGCGCCUCUCCAGGAACUCUAUGACCCAUCCAUGGAGUCCAGUUCUGCUAACCUGGACGACCUGCAGAGAUCCUGGGAAACUCUAAAGAAUGUGAUCAGUGAGAAGCAGAAGAGUCUGUAUGAGGCUCUGGAGCGUCAGCAGCAUUAUCAGGAGUCCCUUCAGUCCAUUUCCACUAAGAUGGAGUCCAUCGAGGGAUCUCUCAAUGAGAGCCUGGAGCCCAGCAAGAGCCCCGAGAGCCAGAUGGCUGCACACCAGGCUCUAAUGGAUGAGAUCCUGAUGCUGCAGGAUGAGAUCGGUGAGUUACAGACGUGUUUCUCGGAGGAGUUGGCGGACAGCGACAGUGACGGGGAGCCGGGCGAUCAGCUGGCUCUUCAGUCCACUCUCACUGUGCUGGGAGAAAGGAUGGCAACAAUUCGAAUGAAGGCUUCUGGGAAACGGCAGCUACUGGAGGAGAAACUAAGUGAGCAGCUGGAAGAGCAGCGGCAGGAACAGGCCCUGCAGCGUUAUCACAGCGAGGCCGCAGAGCUCGACCACUGGUUACUUAGCACUCGUGCCACUCUGAGCUCCGCUCUACAGCCCCUAAACGAAGACCUGGACAUGGAGGAGCAGCUCACUGACUGUCAGAAUAUGCUGUUUGAGAUCGAGCAGAAAGUGUCGUAUCUGUCAGAGCUGUCCAUCCACAGCGAGAGCUUACUGCUGGAGGGUCGAGCUGAGACCAAGGGAGAAGCGGAGCAACUCAGCCUCAAACUGCGCUCCCUCAAAGACAGCCUGCUCGAGCUGCAGCAGAUGCUACAGGACAAACAAGUUGACAUACAGGGUUCAUUGCAGGAGCAGGAAGACAGUGAGACGGAUACAUCUCUCUCCCAGAGUCCUAAUGUCCAGGAUUGGCUGUCUCAGGCUAGAUCCUCGCGAACACAGCAGCACCACGACAACCUACUUCGACAGAGGGAGCUGCAAGAGAAGGUAGCUGAACAGAGGAGGCUGCUCCAGUCUGUCGCCAGUGUCGGAGAAGAGUUACUGAGCCAGACCACACCCAAUGGGGACAGUGAAAUAUCCGUCCCAGGAGGAGUGUUGCUGGAGCCUGAGUCUCCCUUAGACCAGCUGAGACAGCGCUGGGAAAACCUGAAUAAAGAUCAGAACACAAAGCUGAAGCUCUCCCUCUACUCAUUGGAACAGGAACAGCUGAGCCCGGUCCUCCACCGAUCCCGCCUGUCCAGUCCUAGUAUGGUGUUCAGAGGCGAGUCGGCCAGCCAGGACUUUGGUUCCCCCACAGCUUUGUUUGAAUCCUGCAGCCAGAAUCUGGAAAGAAUCGCCCAAGAGGCGGGAAAUGGUGACAGUAAACUGAUGGGAGGGACGACAGUCCAGCAGGACCUGUAUGCUGCUGUUUCAGCAGCCUCUUCCUGGUUGGAUACUGCAGAAAAUCAGCUGCUCUCUGGUCCAGUUCUGCUCUCUGAAGAUACAGAGACACAACUUACAAAUCUAGAGGGUCUUCAUAAACAACUGAAGGUGAUGACCAGUGAGGUAAACCUGUGCAGAGACCUUCUGGGGGGAGGAGCGGGUUUGAUGUGUGGAGGAGAGGAGCGAGACCUGAUGGGGGACACGCUCGAGGGUCUGAAGGAGAGGAUGGGCCUGCUGGAAUCCACCCUGGAACUACAGUGUGACGGCAUGAGGGACAGGCUGCAGGAGCACUCAAGCUUCCAGAAUGAACUGAGGUUGCUUUUCACGGCUCUGAGUGAAAGUAAACACCAGUUGUUACAGAAAAUGGCUUGCACUGUGGACAGACCUGCAUCCAAACAGAUAGAGACUUUAUCAGAGGUGGAGGAGAGUCUGAGAGAGUUUGAGCAGAGAGUUGCAGAGCUGAAGACAAGAGCAGAGGGACUCCAAUCCGACCAAAUCUCCAACCAGGAGUUUCUCAAACUACAGGAUGCGUAUGAGGAACUGGUGCUGAUGGUCGGAUCCAGACGGAGCAGCCUGAACCACGGCCUAUCUCUCAAGGCUCAGUAUGAAGCUGCACUUCAAGACCUUACAGACCUGGUGGACACGGCUCAGGACAAGAUGGCCGCCGAUCAGAAGAUGACUGUGGCUUCUGUCAUUGAGGUUCAGAUGUUAUUGGACAAACACAAAGAGUUUUUCCAUGAUCUGGAAUGCCAUAUGAUCCUCACCCAGACGUUUUACAGCAAAGUAUCUGGUCUGGUGGCACAGAGGGGAAACCAGGUCCUAGAGGAGACGAUGGCCUUGGCCCACAGUGUGCUUAAACAGGCCCACAGGAGAGGGGUGGAGCUGGAGGGCAUCCUGGAGUCAUGGAGCAGACUUGUGGAAGAGUACCAGGCUCUGUGUAGACAACUGGAGGCCGUGGAGUGUAGCAUCCCCACUGUAGGCCUGGUGGAGGAAACAGAGGAAAGACUUGUUGAAAGGAUCAGUCUCUAUCAGCGUCUAAAGGCCAGUCUGACGGAGCAUCAGCCCCAGCUUUAUCAGGUCCUGGAGGCGGGCAAGAGGCUUCUUUUGUCUGUUGGCUGCUCAGACCUGCAGAACCAGUUAACCCAGUUAGGAGAACACUGGCUCUCUUCCACCACCAAGGUCAACAAGGAGUUGCACCGCCUCGACUCCACGCUUAAACACUGGAGCAGGUACCAAAGUGAAUCCGCAGAGUUGAGCCACUGGUUGCAGUCGGCUCUAGACCGGCUGGAGUUCUGGACGACGCAGUCAGUGACAGUGCCUCAGGAGCUGGAGACGGUCAGAGACCACCUCUACGCCUUCCUGGAGUUUUCCAAAGAGGUGGACGCUAAGUCGUCUCUUCGUUCAUCUGUGCUAAGCACAGGCAACCAACUUCUGCGAUUGAAGAGAGUGGAUACGGCUGGUCUCAGGACAGCGCUGGGUCAGAUCGACACCCAGUGGGCUGAGCUGCUGACUCGAAUUCCUGUGGUGCAAGAGAAGCUACACCAGCUGCAGAUGGAGAAACUGGCAUCACGGCACGCCAUCACUGAGCUGAUGAGCUGGAUUUCUCUCAUGGAGAACAUCAUAGAGGAAGACCAGGACAAAAUCAUGGGAGCUGUAGGCUCAGAGGUGGUCCAGAACUUCUUGCAGAAGUAUAAGGGUUUCCGUAUAGAUCUAACGUGCAAGCAGUUGACUGUGGACUUUGUGAACCAGUCGGUGCUGCAGAUCAGCAGUCAGGAUGUUGAAGGAAAACGCAGUGACAAAACUGAUUUUGCUGAGAAACUUGGUGCCAUGAACCGACGAUGGCAGAUAUUACAAGGGCUUAUUGCGGAAAAGAUUCAGGUUUUGGAAGGACUUUUGGAAGGUUGGCUGGAGCAUGAAAAUGGAGUUCAGGCCUUGAAAACGUGGCUCACUCUGCAGGAGGAGAAACUGAAGAAGAGACACAGGAUAGAGGAUGUAGCAUCAGUGCAAAGUGCACUUAAAGACUGUCAGGAGUUGGAGGAAUCAGUGAAGGAAAAAGAGAAGGAUCUAGAGAAAGCCGAGGAACGAGCGAAUGCUCUCAUCCGGGACAAGAAAGGUGCCACUUGCUCUGUUGUCAGGGAGACCCUUAAAGGACUGAGCCAAUCCUGGGCUCAUUUGGACCAUAUGAUAAGUCAGAUGAAGGUGAGCCUGCGGUCGGUGUUGGAACAGUGGACGCUGUACCGGAGGGCUUCAGAGGAGAUAAAUGGUUACCUGAUGGAGGGGAGGUACUCUGUGUCCAGGCUGCACCUCCUUAACGGGUCUCUAGAGGCUGUACAGCAGCAGGUGGAGAGUCUUGAGAACCUACAGGAAGAGAUGGAUAAGCAAGAGAGCAGUCUGAGGAAGUUUGGCUCUGUUACACAUCAGCUUCUGACAGAGUGCCACCCAUCUGUGGUGGAAACACUCAACAGAGCCCUGCAGAGCGUCAACAUUAGGUGGAACUCUCUUUUAGAGCAGAUCUCAGAGCAGCUAAGAAGCAGUACAGCCCUGUUGGGGAUAUGGCAGCGCUACAGGUCCUUGUAUGGCCAGUGUGUGACGGCGGUUCAGAAACAGGAGGAACGCGCUGACUGCCUGCUGAAGAGCGCCACUGACAGGGAUAUCACAGAGGAGGAGAGCAGUGUCUGGAUUAAUGACUGCAAUGCGUGCCUUGGUGACCAGGCCUCUGUGCAGAAGACCCUCCAGCAGCUGCAGGCUUUAGGGGAGCAGCUGAAGAGCCAAGUUGAUGCCUCCUCCUCGGCAGCUCUCCAGUCUGACCACCUGUCACUCACACAUCGCCUAGAAACAUUGAAGCACAGCCUUCACAGGCAGCAGGAACUGCUGCAGACUGGAUCUCAGGCCUGUGAGGGCUUCAGAGAGCAGAUGGACACAUUGAUCAGUAAGGCUGAGGAGGCCGAGGAGGUGCUGAAGGAGUCUGACUCAGUUGGGUCUCCAGAUAUCAUUGUGGUCCAGACACGUAUGGAAAAACUGCAGGUUCACCUGUUGAAUCUGAGCAGUCUGUCUCCAGACCUGGAACGUGUCAACGAGUUGAUGUACAGACUCCCAGUCAGUGAUCGAGACGUGAAACGGCUGCAAAGUCUCAACAGGUCCUGGGCCGCUCACUCCGCCAACCUCACUGAGAGGUUCAGUAAGCUGCAGGCAGUGGUGCUCCAGCAGCAGAGCUUCCUUCAGAAGUGUGAGGCGUGGAUGGACUUCCUGUCUCAGACUGAACAGAAGCUGGCUGCUGAGAUCUCAGGAAACUGUCAGAGUCUGCUGGAGCAGCAGAGAGACCAUGAGCUGUUCCAGGCAGAGAUGUUUAGCAGGCAGCAGAUUCUCUACUCCAUCAUCAGUGAUGGACAUCGGAUGCUAGACCAGGGACAAGUGGAUAACAGAGGUGACUUCAGUGGGAAACUGGCCUUGCUGAGCAAUCAGUGGCAGUGUGUAGUGAGGCGGGCCCAGCAGCGGCGGGGCAUUAUCGACAGUCUGGUCCGCCAGUGGCAGAAUUACAGAGAGAUGGCAGAGAAGCUGCAACAGCGGCUGCAAGAAGUCACCCAAGAUCCAGAUGUGCAUCAGCCCGGAGAACCAGUCGCUCUGCAGCAGGCCAGGAACCUGUUGGAUCAGAUACAGCUGAGGGAGCGGGUGCUCCAGAGGCAGCAUGGAGGCUACAUUCUGACGGUGGAGGCCGGCAGGAGCUUGCUGCUGUCGGCCGACGCCAGGGCAGAGUCCACCCUGCAGACAGAGCUGAUGGAGAUUCAGGAGAGGUGGAGACACGCGCACCACCGCCUGGACCAGCAGAGGAGGGAGCUGCACGGCUUGCUCAAGAACUGGGAGCGAUGUGAGAAGGGCAUUACUGCAUCACUCGAGAAACUGAGGGCCUUCAAGAGAAAGCUGUCUCUGCCACUGCCUGAUCAUCAUGAAGAGCUACACUCAGAGCAAAUCAGAUGCAAGGAGUUGGAGAGCAGUGUGGAGGGCUGGACGGAUGACCUCACUUCCUUGUUCCUGCUGAGGGACUCCUUGGAGGGCGUGGUCAGUGCAGAUGACAUCACAGUCCUGCAGGAACGCCUCCAGUUGCUUCAGCGCCAGUGGGAGGAGGUCUGCCACCAGCUUUCCCUGCGCAGGCAGCAGGUGAGCGAGAAGUUGAACGAGUGGGCUGUGUUCAAUGAGAAGAACAAGGAGCUGUGUGAAUGGCUCACUCAGAUGGAGAGCAAGGUCUCUCAGAAUGGAGACAUCAGCAUUGAAGAGAUGAUCGAAAAGCUGCGCAAGGACUACCAGGAGGAGAUCAGUGUCGCUCAGGAGAACAAGCAGCAGCUGCAGGUUAUGGGAGACCGGCUUGCCAGGGCCAGCCAAGACAGCAAGGCGGCCGAGAUCCAACACAAACUCAGCAAAGUGAGCGAGCGUUGGCAGCACCUGCUGGACCUCAUCGCUGCCAGGGUGAAGAAGUUGAGGGAGACUCUGGUGGCGGUGCAGCAGUUGGAUAAAAACAUGAGCAGCCUGCGUUCGUGGCUGGCUCACAUCGAGACGGAGCUGUCCAGGCCGAUCGUCUACAGCACCUGUGACGACCAGGAGAUUCAAAGGAAACUCAACCAGCAGCAGGAGCUGCAGAGGGACAUUGAGAAACACAGCACAGGUGUGGCAUCAGUACUGAACCUGUGUGAAGUCCUGCUGCACGACUGCGACGCCUGCUCCACAGAGACAGAGUGCGACUCCAUCCAGCAGGCGACCCGAGGGCUGGACAGACGCUGGAGGAACAUCUGUGCCAUGUCCAUGGAGAGGAGGCUCAAGAUUGAGGAGACGUGGAGGUUGUGGCAGAGGUUUCUGGAUGAUUACUCAAGGUUUGAAGAUUGGCUGAAGACCUCAGAAAGGACAGCAGCUCUGCCCAACUCCUCUGGAGUUCUUUAUACUGUUGCCAAAGAGGAGCUUAAAAAGUUUGAGGCCUUCCAGCGGCAGGUACAGGAGUGUCUGACCCAACUAGAGCUCAUCAACAAACAGUACCGUCGCCUGGCCAGGGAGAACCGCACCGACUCCUCCUGCCAACUCAAAGAAAUGGUGCAUGAUGGGAACAGGCGAUGGGAUAACUUGCAGAAGAGGGUGGCAGCCAUCCUACGAAGACUCAAGCACUUCAUUGUCCAGAGAGAGGAGUUUGAGACGGCUCGAGACAGCAUUCUGGUGUGGCUGACAGAGAUGGACCUCCAGCUGACAAACAUCGAGCACUUCUCUGAGUGUGACGUUCAGGCCAAGAUAAAACAGCUCAGGGCGUUCCAGCAGGAGAUCUAUCUGAACACGGGGAAGAUCGAGCUGGUGUUCAGACAGGGUGACGCUCUGAUCGAAAAGAGUGAACCUCUGGACGCGGCCGUCAUCGAGGAGGAGCUGGAGGAGCUGCAGAGAUACUGUCAGGAGGUGUUCGGACGAGUCGACAGAUACUACAAGAAACUCACACGACUGCCUCUGGCCGAUGACGAGCUCGAUGGUUCGGACAGAGAGUUGGAACUGGAGGAAGGUGGAGACCUCUCGGAGCUGCAGUGGGGCGACUCCUCUCUGCCCCGCCCAUCCAGCCGCCCCCCCUCGGGCACGACUGCCCUCAUCCGGGCUGACCGCUCAGGACGUGACACGCCGGCCAGUGUUGACUCCAUCCCCUUAGAGUGGGACCACGACUACGACCUGAGCAGAGACCUGGAGAGCCCAGGUGGACGAGGUCACAGGGAGAGGAGGCGAGGGCAAGAGGAGGAGGAUGAGUAUCUGAGGACAGCUGCCACGGUGCUGUCAGAUGUAAUUAUCCCAGAGAGCCCCGAGGCUUAUAUAAAACUGACCGAGAACACACUGAAAUCAUCCUCUGGUGAGCCGGGCCAGCUGGAGGCGAGUCUCAGACAGUUGGAUCAGGCUCUGGAUGCAGGACGGUUCCACCUGCAGCAGAGAGAGACCACUGCCAACAGCUCCAGCCCCGACAUAGACUCCACCUACAUGGGCUAUAUGCGCCUGAUGGGAGAGUGUCGAGGCAGUAUAGACGCAGUAAAGAGAGCCGAGGGAGAGCUGACUGAGGACGAGGACGACAUGCCGGGACUCAUCAACCCCACCAGCACAGACACUCAGAGUGCCGGUGUGAUCGAGCGCUGGGAGCUAAUCCAGGCUCAGUCUCUGAGUGAGAAGCACAGAAACAAACAGAACCUGCAGCAGUGGCAGCAGCUGAUCUCGGACCUGCAGACAAUGAGGGCCUGGUUGGGUCAGUCCGAGGCCGAACUCAGCCAGCUGCGAGGGCUCCAACUCAGCACUGACAUACACACCAUCCAGCAGAGGAUCAAGAAGCUCAAGGAGCUGCAAAAGGGGAUGGACACCCACAAGUCGGAGGUCUUGUCCAUCAACCUAAGCAGUGCAGACUUCCUCCAAUCGGACCCCGACUCUGAGGAGGCGUGGGAGCUCAGGGAUGGACUGAAAGAGAUGAACACACGCUGGGAUCGACUCGGUACCUCCCUGGAGGACUGGAGGGAAGAGCUGCAGAAGGCGCUGAUGCAGUGCCAGGAGUUUCACGAGAUGAGCCACGGUCUGCUGCUGUGGUUGGAGAACAUCGACCGCAGGAGGAACAAGGUGGUGCCCAUCCCUCCCAAACUGGAUCGUGAAACACUGCGAGCACAUCACAAAACUCUGACGCAAAUCAAGCGCGAGCUGCUUGACUCAGAGCAUAAAGUGUCGUCUCUUCAGGAGCUUUCCGCUCAGCUCCUGGUCAACACCAAACCUCACGCUGUGACGCUGCAGCAGCAGGUCUCUGAGCAGAUCUGGGAUCAGGGCAGCGAGUGUCUGGAGGCUCAGGAGAAGGUUCACGUGAUCCUGAACAGACUGAGGCUGCUCCUGAGGGAGGUCAGCUCUGACCUUGAGGGGCUGGAGAGGAGACUGGAGGCGGUGGACACCCAGCAGGUUUGUUUACCGCUGCCCGUUGCCAAAUCUGAACCCUGUGCAUCAGCUUCUCCUGUGUCAGAGGUGACCGUCCAGAGUCGCAAACGAUUGCCCCGAGGCAAAAGUAGUCAGGCCCACCCAGGACACCCUGAGAGCGUCCGGCGCCACAGCCGGAGCAAAUCACCAGGCGCCGCUGGCUGCGUUUCCUCCCAUUCUGACUUUCAGGACGGUGUCUCCUCCUCCUCCUCCUCUAAAGGCCCGUCCUUCCUGCUGAGGGUCUUUCGGGCCGCACUCCCAUUCCAGCUGCUCCUUCUGCUCCUCAUUGGCCUGGCCUGUCUGGUGCCCAUGACAGAGGAGGACUAUAGCUGCCACCAUGCCAACAACUUUGCCCGCUCUUUCCAUCCCAUGCUGCGCUACACCAACGGACCUCCUCCCAUAUGAGACGCAGCAAAUGUCUACCUUCUGCUUUGCCAAGGACUCCACUGACUCCUGUGAAUGUCUCCUCUCACCCUGUGCCCUAAAAAGAAAAACUCUUCCCCUGCCGGGGAGCUCGAGCAUUAUGAAGUGACUCAGAGAUGAAAUGAAGACUUCUCUCACUUACAUUGCACACACGUCCUGAAAUCACCUCCACCCUUUAAACUCCCAAUCCGGAUAAAUGGACUUUCAUCCGGAGACCCCCCUCCCUCCUUCAAUUAUUUCAUGUUGUUUUAACUUAAAUAUGUAUUUUUUAUUUUGAAGGUUUCUGUAGAAACCUGUGAAAUCAAUAAAAACAAAGCACUAUUUAUAUAUUGUAUGUUGGGAGCCAAAGUCGACUGUGCUUUUUGUCCAUGAUAUCCAGUGCUGCUACUAUUUAUUUUGUAUUUAAUCAGUUGACAGAUUAGUUAGUUUGGAUUAAGCUAAAGCUCCACCUUGAGUGUGGGAUGUUUAACCUUGAAAAUGUACAAGAGACGUCCAGUUUGAGUGCUGAAAUAUUACGAAUUUAAAGUCAAAUCCGAACUUAAAGCACUGACAUGAGCACUGACGAAAGGUACUGCACUGAAGCCGUCCAGCCAAGAUGGCCGACUUCUUUUCCCAAGGCUUGUAUUCUUUCUUUUUUUUCCGGAGAAUUUAAUCAACUGGGGCAUAUAUAAAAAAAAUAUAUACGCUCCAUUGUUAAACUUAAGCUUGUAUAUUAUUGUUGAAAUGCUUUUUAAGAAAGGCAGUUAUUUUUUUAUCUUUUUUUUAAGCAUGCACUUGAAAGUCCCCGGCUUUUAAGGAAGUGGAACAAUCACUGGUAGUGUUUUAGUAGACGGCUGUGACCUGAAAUAGUGUGCUUUGUAAUUACUGCGAUAAUUAUUCUGCUGUGAUGAGUCAUCAGACUCGCCGCCUUGUUGAAACAGAAUCUGUAUAAAAAAUGAUCAAAUAUGAAAAUGGUUAUUUAUGUAUGUACAGUUUGCUAAUGCCGACUUCAUGAAGAAUACUCUUUGCAAAUAAUUAAACAUAAAGUAUUUA